AUGAAAAAGACUAGAUUUUUGUGGAUUCGUGAUUUACCUGCAAAAUGUAAAGAUGCAGAUUUGCGAAAUGUUCUUGAAAGGCAUGGUGGUGGAUCAAUUCAAAAAAUUCGAUUAUUUAAAGAAGGUCAUAUGCGUCAUGCUAUAGUGACAAAUUACAAAUCAAUUGCCGACAUUAAUAAUAAUAAUAAUAAUAAUAAUAACAGUAAUCAUAAUAAUUCGGAUCGUAAAACAGAAAAUCCACCAACAAGUACAUCAUCUGAUCAGCUUAAACGUUCACAUAGUUGGGAUCAUUUAACACCUUCCGAAAAAGAAGAACGUAUUCGAAUGAAAUUAGAACAAGUUAGAAUAACUGAGAAAGAACGAAGAAAAGCUGUUCUAGCUGCACGAAAACGUCAACGUGAAGCAUUAAAACCUAAAAAACAAGACAGUUCAUUAUCAGGAUUGGUCAAGUUAACCGAGUCUGAUGAAGAAACUCGAUUAAUAAAACAAACAGAAAAUCAAUCAGAAUCACAAUCAAGAAGAAUAUCAAAUCAAGUAUUCAACUUGAAAUCUAUGCUUGAUAAUAAAUUAUUAAUUUCAAUGUUUCAAGAAUGGCUUAAAACAUUGGAUCAAUCAGAAUUCAAUUAUAAUUCAUCAAAUAAUUUAGCAUUUAUUUUAGAAGUAAAUCAAUAUUUGACAAUCACCAAAAAUCAAUUAAAUAUGGAAAAACUUAAACAACGAAUCGAUAAAGCAAACUAUAUUUAUGAUAAUUAUCUACGUAUAUCAUGUGAAAAGCCAAUAGAAUUGCCAGAAAAAUUUAUCAAACGAUUAGAUCAAGAAAAAGAUCGUCCAACAUCAGCUACAUUAAAAGGCCUCCGAGAUCAUCAUUUAAACAAUCUCUAUUCCUUGUUUAAUGAAUUUUUAAAUGUAACAGCUAAAAAGCUUGGUUUAUCAGUGUCUCAACUUUGCCAAAUGCCUGAAAUUGAAUUAGCCCCAUUAGUUGUAACUCCAAAAACACUUAGUCAGGCUUCAGAAACAAAACAGAAAUUUUCUAUUAAAAUGAGACCAAUGUUAGAAGAUAAAGAAGAAUUAUCAAAAUUAUUAAAACGUGCAGCUUUUCAACCGCCUGAUUUUAAAUUAAUAUUAUUCUAUCAGUAUUUAGUUGAUUAUGGAUUCAAAGAAAAUUGUCCAUUAAUUGAUCAAGAUUUGAUAUUUCAUAUUGAAAUUUUACGUUUUGAAGAACUUCAUCGUGGUCAUGUUGAACAUAGUUUAAUAAGGAAAAAGGUUUUAUGCAUUUUGCAAACAUUUUUAGAAUCUGUUUUUCCACCACAAAUUCAAAUUGGCCUACCAAAUGAAGUUAUUAAUCGAUUAGUUGGAAGAAUACAUCGUCAAACUGAUCAUAAAGGUCCUAUAAGUUUAAACUUAUUUGACGAAGCAGUUAGGUUAACUUUCAAUGAAAUUUUACCAUUUUGGGCUGGAUUCAAAAGAAAUAUUUUAUGUAAAUCAGGCAGCACACAAUCACGAAUCCAGUCAACAAUGAAAUCGGAUUAUCAGCAAAUACAUGGAACACCUUGGUUGUCUAGUCCAUUGACUUACAAGUAUCACGAGGUAUUAGAAAACCGUUUAAAAGCACAUCAAGAUUGGAAGUUACCGUCAACAGAAAUACAACUUCCCAAUAUGCCACAUGAUAAGGAGGCAAAUUCCUUCACUUAUUCAAUACGAAAAGGUGUAGAUUGGCAAAAUGUCGGACAUUGAUUACCUAAUAUAUCCCAUUGUUUUACUUGAGCCAUGGUAGCAAAUUAGAUUACCACAAUUACGUCUAAAAUCCUUCCACAUAAAACUGACAUUUUUUUAUAGACAAAGUUAUAUUACAGCUAAUUAAAAUAAAG